AUGCAGAGCAACGAAGCGCUCCUCAUCAAGACGCUGCUGGCGCGGAGCUGCCCGAGCGCAAGGCUGAGCCGCGUGCAGCGCGUGCAGAACAAGAUGCUGUGGCGCGCGUACGCCAACUACCGCGACGACCAGCUCGUCCACACCUGCGCCGGCGGCGACGUCAACGAGAUGCUCCUCUUCCACGGCACGGCGGAGCGGGCGGCGGCGGAAGUGCUCGCGCAUCAGAACGGGCUCGACCCGCGCUUCUCCAAGGGCGGCUUCUACGGCAAGGGCAUCUACCUGGCGGAGGACCCGUCCUACCCGAUCGGCGGCCGGUACGCGCACCGCAUCUCCGGCUCGGGCGGCAGCCGCGUGCAGCUGCUCAUCGUCAAGGCCGCCCUCGGCUCGCAGCAAGAGAUGCAGCGCAUCAGCGCGGAGACGAGGGCGAUGUGCAUGCCGGACGUGCGCGUCGAGGGCCCUCCCCGACUCCUCUACGACAGCGUGCGCGGCGGGCCGCACCGCCCCUUCGUCUCCGGCGGAGGCGAGAACGGGUGCAACGCGUCCAUCGUGCACGUGGUGUACGAGUCGCGCCAGAUGUACCCGGCGUACGUGAUCGAGGUCGAGAUGGAGAUGGGGGCCGAGGUGCGGGCGAUGGGCGUGGCGGCGACGGCGGCGGCGCUGCGGGCGCACGGGUCGGUCAGUCGCGUCGCGCUUGCGGCUUGCGGGCGGUUGGCUGAUCUGUGCAAAGACGAGCAGAACAGGCAAGCUGCGGCGGACACGGGCGCGCUCGAGGCGAUCAUGGCGGCGCUGCAGGCGCACCCGCAGGAUGCGGGCGUGCAGCACUAUGGCUGCUGGGCGAUGGGCUACGUGUGUCUCGGCACCGACGCCGCAGGGCUCGCACGCAUGCAGCGCGCAGCAGACGCGGGCGGCAUCGAGUUGGCUGUGACGGCGCUGCAGGCGCACCCGCAGGUGGCGGCCGUGCAGGAUAAUGGCUGUUGGGCGCUGGCCAACGUGUGCUUCGGCAGCGACGCCGCAGCGCGGGCGCGGAGGCAGCGAUUUGUGACUGCGGGCGGCAUCGAGGUGGCUGUGGCGGCGCUGCAGGCGCACCCGCUGGUGGCGGGCGUGCAGCAUAAUGGCUGCUUGGCGCUGGGCAACGUGUGCUCCGGCACCAACGCCGCAGGAAUCGCACGCAAGCAGCGCGCAGCAGACGCGGGCGGCAUCGAGGUGGCUGUGGCGGCGCUGCAGGCUCACCCGCAGCAUGCGGGCGUGCAGCUGGCUGGCUGCUGGGCGCUGGUCAACGUGUGCUCCGGCAGCGACGCCGCAGCGCUCGCACACAAGCAGCGCGCUGCAGACGCGGGCGGCAUCGAGUUGGUCGUGGCAGCGCUGCAGGCUCACCCGCAGGUGGCGGGCGUGCAGCAGAAUGGCUGCUUGGCGCUGGGCAACGUGUGCUGUGGCAGCGAAACUGCAGCGUUCGCACGCAAGCAGCGCGCAGCAGACGCGGGUUGCAUCGAGGUGGCUGUGGCGGCGUUGCAGGCGCACCCGCUGGUGGCGGGCGUGCAGGAGAAUGUCUGCAGGGCGUUGGGCAACGUGUGUCUCGGCGGCGACGCCGCAGCGCUCGCACGCAAGCAGCGCGCAGCAGACGCGGGCAGCAUCGAGGUGGUCGUAGCGGCGCUGCAGGCGCACCCGCAGGUGGCGGGCGUGCAGCAGUUUGGCUGCUUGGCGAUGAACAACGUGUGCUUCGGCACCGACGCCGCAGGGCUCGUACGCAAGCAGCGCGCAGCAGACGCGGGUUGCAUCGAGGUGGCUGUGGCGGCGAUGCAGGCGCACCCGCUGGUGGCGGGCGUGCAGCAGAAUGGCUGUUUGGCGUUGGUCAAAGUGUGCUCUGGCAGCGACGCUGCAGCGCAGGCGCGGAGGCAGCGAGCUGUGACUGCGGGCGCGACCGUGGCGGUGGCAGGGGCUAUGCAGGCGCACCCGGACGACGCAGCUGUCCGGUGGCAAGGGCAGAAUUUGCGCGAUCUUCUUGCCUGA